AUGAAAUCUGAAGACUCGGUCUUACUUCUUGCCCUGGCGGCCCAGUCCAUGAAGGAGAGGCGGGUGUGCUGCGCCCGCGACCUGCCCUGGCGUCUGGACGAGCACGCGGAGGACGCGGCGCGGCGCAGGCAGCUGCGGAGCUCGAUCGAGGCGAGCUGUCCGCAGCAGUGGAUAAAAUAUUUCGAUAAAAGAAGAGACUAUUUAAAAUUCAAGGAAAAGUUUGAAGCAGGACAGCUGCAGCCUUCAAAAUCAACUGAAAACUCCUAGGCUCUUCCUAAACUUCUUACAGAGGCUGAACGUAUUCUUCUGAACUUUUCGAAAGUGCAUUGAUGAUUCUGGGCCAACAGCAGUUUGAAUUAUGGUACACCCGUCAGUACUUCCUCCUGUGUGUGACAUUUAACUAAAAUGGCCAGGGAGCAGAAGACCCUGUAAUUCAAAUGAUGAACUGAAAUAAAACGUUAUCAAGUAGAGUUACCUUUAA